UGGAUGUAGCAGUUUUUUUGCAGCAGUGACAGUUGUUGUUGUUGGGAGAGGAUUUGCUGUUGCGGCUUCACUAUGUGUGCUCUUUCUGCUAUCGUUGUGUGAGGAUUGAGGCGUGCUGCUGGCGUUCUGAGUGGGAUCUGUCCCGGGCACUGCCACAAUGUGUUUACUGUGUGUGUUGCUGUCUUUCUGACUGUAUGUGUGUAACUCAGGGGCGCCUCACUGGCUCACUUUCUAUCAGGCUUCCUCCAGACCAGCGCCUGGUUCUGUGGAGUGCCAGGGUCUGUGACUGAUGCUAAACUUUCAACACUGAGUUUCCAAGCCAAGCUCUGCCCCUUUUAAUGCUGGCUGUAACUUAUGCCUAUUUCAGGGUCUGCCCCUUUUGUCUUAAGUUCUGCUCUCUCAUUCUGCCACCCUGUGUCUGAUAUUGUGGAUUUGAUGCUUUUUGUCUCAGCCAGACCCUGAUGCAGUGGACUUAGUUACAAGAACCCUUUGCCCCCUCCCCUCCCCCUUUUGUACUUGUGUUUAGAGUGUGUUCUGUACCUAGACUGGGUUUCCUUGCGCAGGUCCUGCUGGCUGACUCGAAGUUACCCCAGCCCUGUCUGUGUGUGUCUGACCCUCGGUGUCUCUGCCUCAUGGACCAGUGUGUGUGUGUGGAACGGGAGCUGGAGAAAGUGCUGCACAAGUUUCUAAUGUAUGGGCAGCACUGUGACCGCAGCUUGGAGGAACUGGUACAGUAUGUCAGCGGCCUCCGACAGGAGUUAUCCAAUGCAGGUCACCUUGAUGCCCAGUUGUCAGCGACACUGUCACUGGUCAUGUCCCAGUGCUGUAAGAAGAUAAAGGACACCGUCCAGAAACUAGCCUCUGACCACAAAGAUAUUCACGGCAGUGUCUCCAAAGUGGGAAAAGCUAUUGACCGGAACUUCGACACUGAUGUGAGUGGUGUAGGUGUGGACGGUGUCUGGGAUUCACCUGAAAAGCAGCAGUCCUUGAGUGAGGCUGUGGUCGAACAUUUGUACCGACAGGGAUUGCUGAAUGUUGCUGAAGAACUGUGCCAGGAAUCCGGGAUAUGUAUUGACCUCAGUCAGAAGGAACCCUUUCUGGAAUUGAACAGGAUCCUGGAGGCACUGCAAAUGCGUGACUUGAGGCCAGCAUUGGAGUGGGCAAUGACCAAGCGGGAGAAGCUGCUGGCUUUGAACAGCACGCUGGAGUUCAAGCUGCACCGAUUAUAUUUCAUUAGCCUGCUCACUGGAGGGGUCAUCAACCAGAUUGAAGCCCUGGAAUAUGCCAAGAACUUCCAACCCUUUGCGCAACAGCAUCAAAGAGAUAUCCAGGUAUUGAUGGGGAGCCUGGUCUACCUGCGGCACGGGGUUGCAAACUCUCCGUACCUCCACCUACUGGACUCCAAUCAAUGGGCAGACAUCUGUGACCUAUUUACCAGGGAUGCCUGUGCCCUCCUUGGCCUGUCAGUCGAGUCGCCUCUCAGUGUCAGUUUUUCUGCUGGUUGCUUGGCAUUGCCUGUUCUGCUGAAUAUUAAGGCUGUGAUUGAGCUGCAGCAGUGCACGGGGAUAUGGAGCCAGAAGGAUGAGCUUCCAAUCGAGAUCGAGCUGGGGAAGAAGUGCUGGUACCACUCUGUCUUCGCCUGCCCCAUCCUCCGACAGCAAGCCACUGAAUCUAACCCUCCCAUGAAGCUGAUCUGUGGACAUGUCAUCUCCAGAGACGCAUUAAACAAGCUGAUCAAUGGGGGAAAGUUAAAGUGCCCCUAUUGUCCAAUGGAACAAGCUCCUGCAGAUGCAAAACGGAUCUUUUUUUGAAGACCAGCUUUGCACCCAGUGGAUAUCGAGCCUUUAUUUGGUGAUGGGCUGUAUUAGGGUGUAUCUGGGUUAGUCCUGUCUAAUUGUGACCAGUCUAGGCAAAUAAGUGCUGUGAUUGUGAUCAGCCCUGGACUGUGCUAAUGUGGGCUUGGUGGCUGUUUUUUGGAUAGCUCCCCUCCAUCCUCUUCCCUCGUCUUUCCCCCUUCCCUUUGCCUCCUUCCCCUUCCCCAA